AAAAGCAUGUUGAAGCUAGCACAAAGAAUGACUCAAAAGUUCUGAAGAGGCGUAUGCGCUUCUUCUUCCCAAAAAUGGAGUAAACUUGAGAUUGGUAACAUCGAUGAAGACGAGAGGAUCAUGACUCGAAAGAACAUGGAUGAUUCCGGCGAACCACCGGGGAUUCUCCUAAGUGCAGCCACAUCCGUGUGGAUACCAGUUCCACCGCGACGGCUCUUUGACUUUCUGAGAGAUGUGCUUUUGAGAUCGGAGUGGGACAUUUUAUCCAACGGUGGACCAAUGCAGGAGAUUGCUAACAUCUUCAUGGGCCAAGAUCAAUCCAACUCCGUCUCCUUACUCCGAUCCACCGCGAUGAAUGCGAAUCAGAGUAGUAUGUUGAUACUACAAGAGACGAGCAUAGACGCACCUGUAGAUAUCCCUGCGAUGCAUGCUGUGAUGAAGGGUGCAGAUUCGGCUUACGUGGCUUUGCUUCCUUCUGGGUUUGGUAUUCUCCCAGAUGGUCAAGGGAUGGAGGAAACCGGUUCGCUUCUCACUGUGACCUUUCAGAUUUUGGUUAACUCUCUUCCUACGACUAAGCUCAACGUGGAAUCAAUCGAGACCGUUAACAAUCUGAUAUCAUGCACCGUUCAGAAAAUCAUAGCCGCUCUUAGAUGUGAUAAAUAAUAGCUAUAAUGGGCUUUUUGGAGUCAAGAACGAACAAGUGCAUAUGGUAUUGGUCCAUUUGAUGGUUCGGGUAUUUGACUCACCAAUCUGUUAUUGUGUCUAUAUUUGGUGAUUAGGCUUCAAUAUUUUUGUCGGAGGUGCGAUAUAAAAAAAUUAUUUGCCACUAUUUUUUUUAAUCCUAGUGUUAGUUAACUUAGACAAGUUCAUUAUUAACAAGGACCCUACAAAUGUGUGUU